AUGGAUGAAUUCACGGCCGACGCUUUCGCCAAUCGUGACGAGCCAGUUCCUCUGCUGGCCGUGCCAGGCAGUGACAUCGACACUUCUGCUUCAGAUGCCGAGUCAAUUGCAUCGACAGCCAGCGCCAGCAGGUCCAGGCGACUCAAGCAGUCGGUUUCGCCAUCAAGGCUACGAACCAAAGCUGAAGAAAAGCAAGCUGAGAAGGCAGAAGAAGGAAGACAGUCGCUGCAGGAUCGCCUCUUCACCAAACUCCUUGGCCAAGUCAUUCCCACAGACAGCCUUGACGAUGAGGGCGACAAUGUUUCUUCGGUCGAUCGGCGGUCCUCCCAAUACGUUAAACGACCAGCCUUUUCUUUGCCUUUAAUGACCAACAACUUCCGGCGCUUCAAUGCACGAAUUGGCAUCGUCUUCGUUUUCCAAAACCGUCUUAUCCGCCUCUUCACCUGGCGACAACCAUCUCACACCAUUUCUCUACUAGCAACAUACACCUUCGUUUGCCUGAACCCAUACCUGCUCGUCGUCGUGCCGCUGGCAAUCAUUCUCCUAUUCGUUAUGGUACCGGCUUUCAUCUCUCGACAUCCUCCUCCACCACCCCAAGCAUCCACCUCGGCCACCACGCCUUACUACACCACCUAUGCCGGUCCAGCCAUCGCUCCUGCCCGCACUAUCAAACCCGCCUCCGAAACCUCGAAAGACUUCUUCCGCAAUAUGCGUGAUCUCCAGAACUCCAUGGCUGACUUCUCCAACCUUCACGACACCCUUGUUGCUCUGAUCGCACCAGCGACCAAUUUUUCCGAUGAGAUUCUUUCCUCCACUAUCUUUCUGUAUCUCACAGCGCUCACCCUCGUCCUCUUCAUCACGUCGCAUUUGCUCCCCUGGCGCCUCAUACUCCUCAUAGUCGGCUACACCGUCAUUCUCUCAGGCCAUCCAACCGUUCAAGCCUGGCUUAUCAAGCACCAGAAGACCCUGCUCUCCCCCACUUCUCCUUUCAGCUCGUCCUCCAAGAAACGCUCAGCACCUAAAAUCCCAGCCCUCUUCAACCUUCCUCUCCCUUCACCUCCGACCUCCCUGCAUCCUCUCAUCACCUCCCUCAGCACCAUCACCAUCUCCACCACGCCCGAAACCCGCGAAGUCGAGAUCUUCGAGCUUCAACACCGUCCCCUCUCCUCCAUCUCCUCCUCUUCCGCCUCCGAAUGGACGCCACACCUCUUCACACCCACGCCCUACGACCCGCUCUCGCCCGCCCGUAUCGCCGGCGACCGACCGCGCGGCACCCGCUUCUUCGAGGACGUCCUUCCGCCCAACGGCUGGGACUGGCACUCCAAGAAAUGGGAGCUCGAUCUCGAGGCCGGCGAAUGGGUCAAUGAGCGUCUCGUCGUCGGCGUCGAGUAUGGAGUCGUGCAACCACCAUCCGCAGAGCUCGAAGACGGAAAUCGCAAGGACAAUGCAUCGGGCGAGUUCGGCGGGUGGGUGUGGGAUCUGGCGCCUCCGCCGGGGAGUGGUGGGCGUGAGGAGGAAGUCUGGCUAGCGUACGGGGACUACGAUUUUGGAAGCCCCGGGGCGAAGAGUAGUGCUAAGAAGAGCAAGAAAGAGAAAAGGGAGAAGGAUUGGGAGGAGGCUGUACGGUAUGGAAACCUGAGGACGGGAGAAUGGAGGAGAAGGCGGUGGGUCAGGGUGGUUAAGAGGAGGGUGCAAGAUGAGCAGGUGGGUGGGGCUGGUGCUUGA